AUGGACUAUACAUUCCCUGAGAAAUACUUUAAAGUAGCGCUCUUUUUUGACCAUGAGUUUGGUGACCUGGAGACAACAACCAAGCUUGACGACCGGCAGAAACUGCUUUUAUACGCCCUCCGGCAGCAAGCGGAGCACGGCCCAUGCACAAGCGCAGCACCACCUGUAUGGUGGACACGUGACCGCUUCAAGCAUGCUGCGUGGAAGCAGCUGGGCGGCAUGUCGAAGUUCGAGGCAAUGGUGCACUUUGUGAAGCUUGUGGAGGAAUAUUUGGGCGGUGAAGUGAACUGGGUGGAGAAAUGCAGGGCACUGACUGAAGGAGAAUCUCCUGCAGAGUUGGCGUGCUCCAUCGAUGAGCCGUGUUAUCAUGUGGAGGCCCACGAUGACGAGGAAUGCGCGUGGGACGACGAUGUGCGUGCCCAUCUGAGGCCAACAGUUGCGAACGUGAGGUACCUAGCGACCCAAGUGAUGAAGUUGCGGCAAGAGAUUGCGCAACUGUACACCCGCGAGGUGCAAAGGAGAGACGAGAAAAGUAGCACGGUGGAACUGGUACCGCCGGAGAAACCGGUUCCAAGCAGAAGUGACACCGGGAGGCUUAUGGUGCCACCGAUGCGUUCCUCCCCGCUGUGUAUGACUGAAGCAGCGUUGAAAAGCACACGUGUGUCCUCACCCGCCCCACGCACGCGAGUUAUGGGGUGGGCGGAAUGGCUUGGCCUUAACUAA